GCAUCUCUCUUUCUUUCUCGUCUUCAUAAUACUACAAGACUUAUACAUGGUCGUGGUAUAUAACACCUCUACGACUCCAUUAGCUGCCAUAAAUGAUAAGUACAUAUACGCUUCUCUUCUCUUCGCUUCUCGUCUUGGACCAGAUUUCUUUUCCCUACUAAAAUUCUAUUUUGGUCAAAACCAUUUUAUUGCUUAAAAAUUUUCGACUUUGAAAUCAAACUUUGGAACCGCUCUUUGCACUUAACUCCCCUCUCUCUCAAAUUUUUUUUUUUUUAAUCUUGUGAGUGUUAUUACUAUUAUUAUAUAUUACAAUAGUUGCUUGUGCUCCACUUAAAUUAAAUGCACAACCAUCAUGUUCACAUGCAGAUAUCACAGGGCAAUGCCUUUCAUUUAGACAUUUGCUGCAAACAAGUAGUAAGACCCUGCCCCUAAGUCACUAGUUUUUUUUUUUUUCUUCAAGGGUCUUGAUUCUGUCCUGUGGAUGCAUUCACUAUCAUAUCUUUAACAACAACGCCAUACUCACCGUUGGAUCAAGAGCUUCUAUCCCUGAUGUCAGUUUCUGAGCAAUCAACCGGCUCAUCGUCAUCCCCACCCAUUCUGCCAAGGGAUUUUGAUCCAUUGUUGAAGGAUUUGAAUGAGAAGAAACAAAGUUUUCGGCGUAACGUGGUGUCGCUAGCGGCGGAGUUGAGGGAGGUUAGGAGCCGUUUGGCAUCGCAAGAGCAGUCAUUUGCUGAAGAAACCCUAGCAAGACAGGAAGCAGAAAGAGAGGCAAGGAACAUGGAAGAGGAGAUUUUUAGAUUGCAGACAAGGUUAGAGGAGAGAAGUAGUCAGCUUCAGGCCUCAGCCAGUGCUACCGAGAAGUACCGUGGGGAAUUGGAUGAUCUCAGAUCACAGCUUUCAGUCUCUCAAGCAACUGCUGAUUCUAGUGCUACAUCCGCUCAGUCAGCACAGCUGCAGUGUUUGGCACUGUUAAAGGAGUUAGAUGAGAAGAAUAGUUCACUGAAAGAGCACGAGGAUCGUGUAACUAGGUUAGGAGAGCAACUAGAUAAUUUGCAGAAGGAUCUUCAAGCAAGGGAAUUUUCCCAAAAGCAGUUGAAAGAUGAGGUUUUGAGAAUUGAGCAUGAUAUCAUGCAAGCUGUUGCUAAGGUUGGAGUAAACAAGGACUGUGACCUCAGGAAACUGUUGGAUGAGGUUUCUCCCAAGAAUUUUGAAAAGAUUAAUAAGCUUUUGAUUGUGAAGGAUGAAGAAAUAGCCAGACUGAAAGAUGAAAUCAGGAUUAUGUCAGCCCACUGGAAGCUCAAAACCAAGGAAUUGGAAUCACAGUUAGAGAAACGGCGGCGAGCUGAUCAGGAACUGAAAAAGAGGGUGUUGAAGUUGGAAUUUUGUCUCCAGGAAGCUCGUGCUCAGACACGAAAACUGCAAAGGAUGGGAGAGCGCAGGGACAAAGCUCUAAAAGAACUUAAAGAUCAGCUGGCAGCAAAACAACAAUGUGGAGUUGUGGGUGCGGGGAAACAGAAUUUCUGGGAAACCUCUGGUUUCAAGAUUGUAGUUUCCAUGUCAAUGUUGAUCUUGGUGGUGUUUUCAAAGCGCUGAUUGAUUUAGUUAUCUAGAUGUGGUGUAAAUGAAUACCUGAAGAGUUUAGGAAAGCCGUAGAGCCAUUACCCUCGUAGAAAGGCUUUUAGAUGUAUGUAGUAAAGGAUCUUUUUCCUAGUAUCAGUCGAAAUCAAAUCUACCCUCGUUGUGAGCUACAUUGAGAUGAUUUCAUUGUUAUGCCGACAACAUUCAUGACAAUUUUUUCGUCCUUUUUCCUGUUUCCUUAUAAUGGCUCAUUAGCUGCAGUGCACACCAUCACCAAGACAAAAUGUCACCAAUUCUUCAUGCUUUAUCCCGCGUUGCGGGGCCUACAUUACAUAUGAUAGGAACGCUA